GACAUCAAGAUGCCCUGGCAACCUCAUACUGUUUUAAAAACAUUUAAUGUAUCCCGGCAACCACAUUGAUUACAUCUGCUGAUAGUUUGCAUUUGCAAAUAACUUUAAUUUGUGAAAAGAAUACAAUUAACAUAAAAAAGCCAUCAAAAUGGAGUUCUCCGUGGAACAUAUGGAGAAGCUCGUGGAUCUGCUGAGACCACCGGAACCUGAAGUGCUGCAAGGAGACGAUUUACCUGCUACUGAGUUUGAAAUAAGUUCAACAAGAGGUAAAAUUCCUCCUCCCGAAGAAAAAAAGACUCCAAAAACUAUCGAAGAGUUUGAGGAACAAGAGGCUAAGGAGAUCGAAAACUUGGGGAAAGCUGGUGUUGGUUUAGGAGAUCUGAAAACUCCUGAAUAUACUAUGAACUAUCAGCAGUCUGUGUCUGCUGAAGAUGUCUACCUUCAGAUUGGCCCAAAGACCCCAUCAUCAGCAAGUUGCGAAAAUCUCAUCGUUCGCAUCAAGAUGCCGGGAGAUAAGAAAGAAAACGUGGAUUUAACAGUCGACACCAACAGCGUGGCAGUGAUGUCCUCCCAGUAUUCACUAAAACUUCCUUUGCCACAUGGCAUCGACCCUGAUCGGUCUAAGGCUAGCUGGGAGUCCGACCAGGAAACAUUGGUGCUGACCCUCAAGCUAGAUAGAGAAUUUGAUUUUGUUAAUUUUUAAAAUAUAGAUACACUACAUUGUAACUUUA